AUGGAUUCAAAGCACAACAACCAAAGCUUCAGGCUGGAGAACCUGUUCAACGUGAAGGGCAAAGUGGCCCUGGUUACUGGUGGAGGAUCCGGCAUCGGUUUAAUGGCAACACAGGCGCUGGCUGUCAAUGGAGCCAAAGUCUAUAUUGCAGGUCGGACAGACGAAAAGCUCGAUCGGGUAGCAGAGCUCUACAAUAAAGACAUCCUAGGAGAGAUCAUCCCGCUCUCUGCAGAUGUCACCAAAAAAGCCGACAUUCACAAUCUCACCGAGGAGAUAAAAAACCGCGAAGGCUACCUCUCAAUCCUAAUCAACAACGCGGGAAUUUCCAGCCACGCUGAGACAACCGAACACGAAGACGCGUCCAAGCUGCGCAAGUCGCUCUUCGACGACGAAGCUGCCGACUUUGACGAAUGGGACCGCGUCUUCCGCACAAAUGUCUCCCAGAUAUUCUUCAUGACUACCGCAUUUUUACCCCUUCUACAGAAGGGCUCGGAACAAGAGCGCGGGUGGUCGAGUACUGUUGUCAACAUUACUUCGAUCUCGGGGAUUGUAAAGGUCUCGCAGCACCAUUUCGCGUACAAUGCUUCGAAGGCUGCAGCUAUUCAUUUGACAAAAAUGCUAGCUCAUGAAAUUAGCUCGUCGAACUUGACUAUCCGAGUUAAUAAUAUCGCGCCAGGGGUUUACCCUAGCGAGAUGACAGCGGGAGAGAGUGAUGAAAAACAGAAAAGCUUUAUUCCCAAGGAGAAGUAUGAAAAGAAGGUUCCUGCGGCCAGGCCUGGGAAGGAUGAAGAUAUGGCCAGUGCUGUUCUUUUUGCAACUACGAAUCAGUAUUUGAAUGGGCAGACUGUUGUUGUUGAUGGGGGGUACGUUCUUGCCGCUGGGUCUUUGUAA